CAUCGUUAUACGUAUGCGAAUGUAGAGAAGCACCUGACCAACGCAAACAGCGGUGCACCUCCAGAAGUCCACCAGCUAUCCGUCGCCACAUGUCAACCCACGGCCGGUCGCGAGAGCAUAUUCGGUGAAUGUCGAUCGCGGGCCGCUUCGGCAUCUAUCGACAAAAUUCGACCGGUAUGACGUACGUGUGCAUUCCAGCGGAUGUUGGAACGACGCGCCGACGCGCCGUGCGGCCAGUGGAAGGGACUUAGGGCCCGCGACGCCGACCGCGGGGAGUGUGUCCUUCCUCACUCUUGCCGCGCGGGCCGCGGCUACUAUCAAGGCGCGCGCCUGGGGCGAGUAGGAGUAUUACUGCGUAUUAGUUUCAUAGUCACGGCCGUGGUAUCCCUGUUUCACGAGAUACUUACUGUACAUACCGCGAGAAAUGCAAGGUAACGGAGGCAUGCCGGCUUUAAGCUUUGCCCGAAUCGUUACCGAUGGAGACAGCCCCUCCGCGCGCGGUGGACAUUCCGCCGCGAUGGCGGAGGAUCAGGUCAUCAUAUUUGGUGGUUCAUGCUACACUUCCGGCGGAAGAUUUGCGUACUUUAACGAUACUUUUACUCUUGACACAGAGCAUCAUCUGUGGCACAAGGUAGCCUGCUCUGGGGAGGCGCCAACACCUCGAUACGGGCAUUCCGCGGAGUUGAUUGGCUCACGGAUGUUCGUCUUUGGAGGUCGUGGGGAAGUCGGCACGCUGAGAGAUAUGUAUUUCCUUGACUUAGUUGAAUGGAGCUGGGUCCCUCUGUCAGUUACAAGCGCAUGUCCAUCACCCAGAUUCUUUCACGCAUCCUUGCUUGUGGGCAGGAAAGUUGUGGUCCAUGGUGGUUGGGACGGCCAUAUGCAGUGCAUGGGUGAUCUUUGGGUCUUUAACUCUGAUACUUUUACGUGGGUACAGCCUAGGUGUGCAGGAAUUCAACCAUCGCCGCGAUAUGGCCACUCUCUCAGCCUGCUCACUGACGGUCGUAUCUUGUGUUUUGGUGGCUGUACCGUUAGUUCAAUAUUUCCUGUGCCGCAGUAUCACAAUGAUUUGCGCCAACUCGACACCGAGACUAUGAUCUGGACGAAGUCAACUAUUCAGGGGGGGGAACCGCCUUCGAAGAGGCAUGGUCACACAACAACGAAAGUUGGCAAUGGUUUAAUUGUAUUUGGAGGUUGGGGCAGUGGGGGCCUUCAGAAUAGAGCUUGUAAUCAAGAAGGUUCAGGUUCGUUCCGCCUACUUGAAUCAAGCCCUGGAACCUCCAUUGAGCGAUGGACUGUUCCCCAAACUUAUCAGGAAAUUGCCCACAAGUAUGGCCACACCAUGAGCGCUGUGGGCACAAGACUAUACAUCAUUGGUGGCUGGAAUGGAAAGCAGGCCACAUCGGACAUCUACCAAAUCCACCUCGAGUGAGAUUGCCAACUCUUUGAGACUAGCCCCUUAGAUUUCCGCUGUCCCUCACCAAGAGUCGCGGUCAUUUGGUUAGUCAGUGUGAAAUGGUGUGGGUGUUAAAGUGUAUAGCUCAAGACGUCUGGUUGGCGCUCUCCCUGAGAGGUUAUAUCUAGGCGCCUAAUCUUGCCAGUACCCAAGAUAACGCACACUUUUGCAGGUGCACGGCCCGAAGCACUACAUACAGCGCCUUCUCCAUGACACAUAAAAUUAACAGCCCGAGCCGCUUUAGGUGUACGUGUAGAAAUCUUACUCGCGGGGCGUUAGCUUGGCGAUCAGCCCAGCGUAUCACCCUGGACGUUGCAGGCUCCGCAGGUGAAUUACUCGGCCUGGGGCGAACUUUGAAUAGCGGAUGACUCGGAGACGCUAUUUACCCUGAGAGCUUUAAAAUAUACUUCAAGUUCUAGUAGUAGUAGAAACGUAAGCAGGGCCGGAC